AAGCAGCACGUGUCAGGGAACAGCAUGGAAAAGUGACUGCAGAGGACAAAGUGCAGGUCUCAGGCAAGUUUUUGGGCCGCACCGAUUGCAUUGGAAUUUGGAACUCUGGAGUUUAGGAACACGUGGUUCCGGAGUUCACCAUUGGUCAAACCCAACGCUCUCACCAUGCUCUGCUCUUGAGGGCUCGACUCUAGAGUCUAGACACAAACAGACUCACAGAGAGAGAGAGAGAGAGAGUGAGUGAGAGAGGUAGUCAUUUUUCGAAGAUCGUAGACGAAGAAAGCUAGAUUCCGGAGGAAAAUGACGGACCGGAGUUCUGUGGACUGCCUUCCACCGGGUUGGAACGUGGAAGUGAGGUUGAGAAAGAACGGCAAAAGAGAGAAGCUCUACACCGAUCCUGUCAGUGGAUAUGUCUUCCGCUCUAUGAAGGAUGUAUCUCGCUAUCUUGAAACUGGGAAAUUAGGAAGGCUUGCAUUCAAGCCAAAGGGCAAAGGUAUAAUUGGUGUGUUGUUGGGAGAUGAUAACAUCUUGGUAGGUCCAUAGUUACUGAAUUUACCCACUUCACUGUUCAUAUCCUUGUCUUAUUAUUUGGUUAUUUCAAAGGAAUGAGGGAUCUGACUCGUUCGACUUGACACAACUUGAAUCCAACACUCGUAUUUAGAGUUUGACA